AUGGGAAUUCUGUACGCCACGAAAGAAAAACACACCAAGUAUUUUCAUCGCGGGUACGUGAUAGAAUCGAGCUCAAGACAUUCGGACGAUGCGGAAUUAUAUGCAUGUACAUUUUUACGAAAAGGAGAGAAAAGGCUAGUGAGGAAAUUAUGCAAAAAUGUGCUGAAUGGAGCAACAUUUGAUUAUUUGUUAAAACUGAGGACCCUUACAUAUGAUAGUGCCUUCAUUAUGCCACGAUAUUUGUUAAAGGUUUACAACAUGUACAAGGACGAAAACAGUGUGCAUGUCGUUAUGGAGAGAUGCACGGGUGGGUUCCUCUUUGACGUGCUAAAAGAAAAUGACACCAUCAUUAGCGAGAGGAUUCUUGCAGAGUGGUUCUCGCAAAUCAUUAGUGCUUUGUUAUUUCUAGAAGAGCAAAACAUUUAUCAUGGAAAUUUAAAUGGGUAUUGUGUUUAUUUAAAAGAUCAAAGUAGGGAAGAAGUACGAGUGAGUUUAUUGAGUAAAGACAAAAAGUAUGACAAUAUCGAUUACAAGGGAGAUUUAUAUGGAUUGUUUUUUAUUAGAUCACCACAAGAAAUAAGAAAAAUGUAUUAUGAUAAAAAUAACACUUGGUAUAUUGGCUUGUUGCUUUAUUUUAUGUUAAUGGGUUCAUACCCAUUUUUCAGUGAAGACGUAUUACAAACAUAUUCAGAUAUUGCGCAAGAUGAAGUUUCUUUCGUUCAUUUAAAAUUUGAACACACUUAUCUCAGCAAUGAUAUUUGCAACUUUUUGAAAUGUGCCCUUGAAAAAAAUUACGACAAGAGACCGUAUCUAUCUGAGCUCGCGAAUCAUCCAUGGAUUCGAGAUAGGGAGAAACUCUCCAUGAACAACAUCAUAGAUGAAAAAACGAGAAAGUCAGCCCGAGAUCUAAUCAAAUUCUUAGAACAAGAAAUUCUGAAAACAGAGGAAGAUUACGAUGAGGUUGAGUUUAAUAAAAACUGGUGA